UUCUUUGCACAAUCCGUCUAUUAUGGCACACUGUGUUUAGACAUUGUGCGACCGGUACGGACGGUUUUGCAGCGGAACAAAGAGGGAACCCUGAGGAGUCCACUCCAAUCUGUGAAGACAAAGAAACUCAGAUGUCCCGUUGAUCAGUUCACAAUGAAGCUGCUGUUCGUCCUCCUCCUUUCCUGCGCCUGGACUUUAAUUGGAGCCCAGAAUUACUACCAGUCACUGAUGGAUUAUCUGGAGAACAGAUUGUUGGCCAUUGAGGACCGCAUGCAGAUGUGCCAUGAACAAGCUCAUCAAUACCGCACAGAGAUGCUGGACUUUAAAAAGCUAACUUCAGAGGCCAUGACAGGGCUAAGAAAUGACCAUAGCGUGAUGUUCAAAGACCUGGAAGGAGCUUCUGCUCGAGCCGACCUGGUGGAGAGAGAAAUGGACUACGUGGAGACCCAGAAUUCUCCACGGGCCUGUGCAAACAAGGCUGACAAAGUGUUGGAGCAGGAGGCCUGGGGUCUGCAGGAGAGAGAUGUGUUGGAGGGAGACUGGGAGGAGCUGCAGUCCAAAGUCUCCGACUGCGUGGAAAUGAUCUCGGGCUUCAGAUCCGUGAAGAUCCUAAAGAGAAUAGGCAGCCCCAAAGGGAUGUGGACCAGAGAUCCCACGUCCUCCAAGGUUUACAUCUUUAACGGUACAUCAGGAGACACCGUCUACGAGUUCAAAUCCGUUCGGGACUUUUCCAGAUCCCCGGGAGCGACGGGGAGCAGGACAAUCCACCUCCCCUCUGACUGGACAGGACCAGGAAGUGCUGUUUAUAACGGCUACUUGUAUUACAUAAAUCAGGAGACCGACACAGACGUGCAGGUGGUCAAAUAUGACCUGAUGAGUGGUUCGGUGACAGACACCGCCAUGCUCCCCAUGGAGAGGCAUGCUAGUCUCUACACUCUGAAUCCUGAGACGGUCGCCGACCUUGCGGUGGAUGACGAGGGCUUGUGGCUCCUGUUCAUCCCCACUGACAGCGAACCAAACAUUAGCCUCGCAAAGAUGGACACUGCCACGCUCGAUAUAGAACAAAUCUGGGACACCCGGUGCCCGCGGGACAACGCAGAGGCGGCCUUUGUGGUCUGCGGGACGGUGCAUGUGGUUUACAACACCCGCCUGGCCAGCCGAUCUCGAGUGCAGUGCGUGUUUGACGUGAAUGACGCGAUGGUCAGUGAAGAGGCUCCUCUGCUUUAUUUCCCCAGGAGGUACGGAGCCCACGCUAGUCUGAAGUACAACCCCGAGGAGAAGCAACUUUACGGCUGGGAUGAUGGCUACCAGAUCAUUUACAGACUGACUAUAAAGAAGAAACUCUUGGCUUUACAGAAGAGGAAGGCUUUCCUGUUUAAAAAAUGAAGGAUGGAUACAGUGAAUUUCUUUAAUCUAUUCACCAUAUAUUUGCUUAAAAAAGAAUAUUCUCUGUAUGUAUUUUGGAAAUCUGGUUGCCAUGCAAUAAAAGCUUUGGUAAUGUAAAUCCUAAGUUUUCUACAAAACAUAGUAAAAUUAGGAUUUUUAUCCUCCCAUGUUAAACUUUCACAUAGUUAUUCUGUUUCUGCUCCGUCACUCUUAAUGUUUCAGAUAUCAAACAAACAUUAACAUCUGACAAAGAAACCCUCCAAAAAUCAGUGUUCAAAUUAUGAUUUAAUUUAUUGUGUAAAAAUGCAACAGCCUCUUAAAUUGAAUACCUGGUUGUGUCAUCCUUAGUACCAUUAAGUAUUUGUGGUGACUGGGGUUCAUCAAUUGACUUUUAGUCCAAACUCUGACUAGACCGCUCCAAAACCGUCAUUUAGCUGUAUUUUCUUAAACCCUUUCAAAGGUGGACUAGCUAGUGUGCUCUGAAUCAUUGUCCUGCUGCGUAACCCAAGGCUACUUGAGGCUAAACACAAACUGAUGAGAUCCAAGUAUAUAAUUUUUUCUGCCCCUUCAUUAUCCUCUGUGAUUAUUAUUCUGUCUGUUGUCAACACAGAAAAACUGGAAGAAGUUGUACCAACUAAUGUUACCGCAGUCUUUGGAACUUGCUGCGAUGUAAGACAAAAGUAUAUUGCCAUGAAAGAGGACAAAAAUACAAGAGUAUAUGUGUUGGCAUAGUGGGUUACUAUUUUACUGUGAAAUGGGUUGUCAAGCA